AGCGUGGAGUUUGCGCGCUUUAGUUUGAAAACGUCAUUGUUGUUCAGGACACGCUUUUCCGCUGUUUACUUUGUUCGUUCGCUGUGACAGACCAGCUUCGCUUUAAGUAGUUUAGCGUGUUUGCUGGUGGCAAUGUAAACGCACAUUUCUUGCAUUUAGAGGAUAUGUACGAUAUCAGCUACAGCACUGGAUUUUAAAUCUUACGUAUGUCAUGCAGUUUCCUUAUGAGAGGCGAAGUUGCCAGCUGUCUGUGUAAAUCGUCGUGCCCCGUUUUAUCGCCGCACGUGUUUUGUAUUGUUUGGCAGCAGUGAGGAUCGGCUUUCAUGGAAGUAGAAAGCGAGUUUUCUUUUAGUAACGGAACCUGUUUUCCACGUUGGAACAGCGGCAGCAACCAUCACAACCAGACUUUGGGUGGCCUGCAGUUUAAACGAAAGAGGACGUCGACGGCCGAUGAAGGCGUUGGGUGCCACUGUGUUAUGGACGGCACGGGGUGCAGGAGCUCCGUCGGGGAAGCGCCAGGCGGGUAUUCACCAUUAAGAAGAUCCUUUGUAUUGCUGGAUGCCAACAGAGGAGUGUACCAGUCCGAGUCCUACAAGUCAAAUGGUAGCACACUCUACCUGCCUCUCAACAACAGCCUGCUUGUCAACAUGAAAAAGUAUGACCAGGUCAGCUUCGAGGAGGGCUUCUUUUUUAUAGGAGAUGCGUCAGGAGGAUGCCUGCAGAAGGUUCAAGGUCAUGUCAUUAACUGUUGGCGGUACAAUGUGGAGGAGAAGAAGUUGUUUAUAGCGCUCUCUUUUCUUUUUAUAAGCAAACAUGUGUUCGAGGAGGUUGUCCGUCUUCUUGAGAGAGUCUGAAAAUGAAGGACCUUCAACAAAGGAACCAAUUCAAAGAAAGGAGUCUCACUCACCGGAAGUGCUUUCCUUUUCAUUUGCAUUGCUUUACACGUAUGAAGAGAAUAAAGGUAGACAAGUUUUAGUUGAGUUAUUUCUAC